UCUUACUCUGCAGACUAAGGUGGUCCAGCGACAGGCUAUCAGUAAGACCCAGAAAGUGCGAUUCUUCACCCCAUCUCUCCUGGCCCAGAUUGCAUCUCUCUACAGGUGGAAUGGCAUUGUGGAUGCAAGCACAGACGACAGCAAGAUGGCAGAGAAUGCAGAGGAAGCAGGGAAGAUGGUCGUGAGGAAACUGGUUCACAACUUCCUCCUGGAUCUAUGCUGCUCCAGGAAACACGGCAUCAGUUUCUAUGACCCCAGCUUUGGAACUGCCGGCAGGGCUGGUAACAUUGUGCUCCUGCAGUUUGUGGUGGGGCUGAAACAGGCUACAGAGGAUGACCUGGUCUCUGAUCUGGUGGUCAAUAUACUCAGGGUCAGCCCUGACAUCCUGCCCAGGUUCUUCAAGGAGACACAGUACUCCUACCCUCGCCUCAAAUCUGCCUGGACGGACAACAUCACUCUGCUCAAGAAGAUCUACGAGUCUCAGCCAGAGGUAUCCAAGGCCUUCCAGACCAGAGAGGUUGUCCCUCUGCCCCGCCUCCUGUCCAUGGUGCUGGUGACAUCACUUCCUCCCGUCUGUAACAAGGCCUUCUUCACGCAGGGCAUCAACUUUGCCAACGCGGUGGUGCAGCACACGACCUUGUCCCUGAUGCCCUUCCUUCUGAAGAGAGCUCAGAGGAACAUGGAGUUGUGUCUGGACCGCUCUGUGUGGCUCGCCUCUGAUCUAUACACCCCAGCCACCAUGGAGGACUUCACACAGCAGUACAGGGAGGCGCUCGGGCAAGGUAACAGACUUCACACAGCGGUUCUACCGGACAUGACCAGCAUCGUGUCCAAAUGGCAGUCGCUGACCAAGAAGGAGAAAGGAGGGAAGGAAGGGAAGAAGGAAGGAGAUGUCAAAGAGGAGGCAGCUAAACCCCGUCAGUCCCCGAGUCUCCAGGAGGUCAUCCUCCUGAAGGCCCUCAUCCUUCAGGUCAUGUGUCUCUACCAGAAGGUGGUACCCCAUCUGGUCAGCCAGAGCAAGUUUGACUUCAGUAUCGUGUCAGAGAAAGGUAUGAGAGAGGAGGUCCCUCCAGUCCUUCAACACCAGAUACUACAACUGGCCCUUGACCUGCCGGCCAGCAGAUUCUCCUGGUUCAGAGUUCAGGAUCAUGUGGAGACAGGCUCUGGGGAGAUGUCUGUGUUCUUCUUGCUCCUCAAGAUGUUUGUGAGCAGCACCAACAGCCACCUGAAGAUCUCCACCAAGAAACUGGUGGUGAAGGUGCUGAAGGACAGUGGAGUGUUUGAGUACACCUGGUCUGAGCUGGAGCUGUGGCUGAACCACCUGGACAGACUACAACCAGACCAGCAGGACACAGUCAUACACUUCCUGGAGAGGGUGAUGGUGUGUCUGGUGUGUAACCCUUACACCUACACAGACAAGGUGGCCAGUCUUGUCCAGGAGGCAGCCUACCUGCAGGCCAAUCUUAGCGGACAGGAUGGUGACAACGCCAGCAUCCCCAUCUCUCACAUAGACGAUGUGCUGGACAUGGUUGACGUGAUCAUGGAGGGCAGCGAGGGGGAGACGGAGGAGCUGGGCCCGGCGCUUAGUGAUGACCUCAUCCUCCAGACCUUCCCAUUCAGUGCCGUGGUACCUGCUGUCCUGGAGGCCAGGAACAAACUACCUGCUACCUACAGAACGGAGAAAGGUGUAGUAUACGACUACAUGGCAGCAGUCCUAUGUGAUGUGCUCCACUGUCAGAGAGACCCUCUGCCCCUCAGCCUGGCUCUUCUCCAGUACGAUAAAGAGCUGAACUCCUCAGAAGACCCUGGUCCUCCCCAUCACUCCAUCAUUCACCUUCAUCACUACUACACAACAUGGCUACCCCAGCAGGCCCGGGAACACCUGUUCCAGUCCUGUGAAAGCCCUUUCCCUGUCUCUCCUAGUCCUGUGACCUUUACUGGUCUCCUGAAGACGGCCUACACCCAAGGGGCCUCUGCCCUGCUAGAAGACUCCUUCAGACGGAGGCUAGAGAAGAGUCUGGUCACUAUGGAGAUGGCAGAGUAUCCUGUUGCAGCCAAGCAGAUCCUACUGUACAUCAAAACCACUGUGGACAACUUCAGCAUGUUGUCUAAAAACACAGGGCUGCUGGCGCUCAGUGUCCUAAUGGGAAUUCUCCAGGGGUUGGUGUUGAGGCUUCAGAGCCCACAGGAACCAACUUUGGAAACCGAGACUGAGACCAUGGUGGCUGAUCAGAAGGAAGCGGAGACGGCAGAAACCAUGGCUGUGGAUCCCAAGGUGGCGGCAGAGACGGAGCCUAUAGCUAUGGACCAGGACUCAGCCACUGUAGUAGAUCCAGCCAAGGCAGCAGAACCCAAAGCUGUGGACCUCCUGAAUGGAUCAGAGCUCUUGCUGGAGUUCAACCCGUCUUCUGAAGCGGAGGACAACCACAGCCUGAUGGCGUUGUCAGUGCUGAGUUCCAUCCUGAAGCACCCGUGUAUGGAGCAGUGGUUCCUGUCUCUGGAGUUGUCCUCCGUCCCUCCUACCUCCCUCAACCCUGUCAGGCUGAAGCUGCUUUGUGCACAACUGUCUGACUGCAUCCUGGGUCUAUUACAGACCUCUGCCGCCGCCCUUCGACCCCUGGACUCCCUCUAUCUCCUCUCCCCCUACCUGAAGGCUGUUUCAAGGGCUCUGCUCAGAGAGCUGGGGGAGAGGCGGGAGGUCGACGAGGCGUCCCGGCCUGUGAGAGCCUUCAUGGCCCUGCAUGCCUACAUGGAACCCCCUCUCCUCCAGGAGCUGGUCUCUUCCCUUCUCCUCCUCCCCAAGGAGACCCUCAUCACCCCGGGGGAGGGUGACAGGGAGGGAGAGAAGAGCUCCAGAGCAGCAGAGCUCAGUGUCUACGGACGCACAGCUCUACAGAUCCUCACCGAGACCUCCUCCACCAACACCUCUUCAUCCGGUUCUCCUGUCCUCCUCUCCCAGGCCCACCUCCAAGGCCUGGCCACCCUGCUCCUCUCCUGCUCUAGCCCGUCUCUGGAGAACUUCCUCCUGCAGGCCCUGAGGACCCAGCCAGGCAACGCUAAACUACUCCACACUGACGUCCUGCUCCAUUGUCUCCAGGGACCUGUUACUGCAGCCACCCAGGCCAUCGGGGUAGCCCUGCUGCUGAACUGCUCUUCUCACAGGCUCUGCUUCGAGGUGUGGUGCCUGCAGCCGCAGAACGUGGAGAAACUCACAGACCAGACAGAGAGAUUCCUACCGCUGGUCAACAGUUACCUGCAGACUGCAGCCAGGGAGGACCCGGCCAGGCCUAAAGAAGUUCAGACAGCGGUGCUGAAGACCCUGAAGAAGGCCCUGUUCCCCAGGCUGAGCCUCUCUGUGCUGGGGCAGGACACAGGGGAGGCCCUGGAGGCUGUGGAGGUUGUGGAGGCUCUGUCUAGUCUGGUCACGCUGGCGACUAAGGUCAAGGACAUCAGAGAGCUCGUCACCUCCUUGCCUGCUGCCCUGCAGAAACUAGACGGCUUUGAGAGAUGGCAGCUGGUGGACCCCAUCAGUGCUGUGCUGUCUGUCUGUCCCGAGGAGCUAGAGGUGUGGAGGACGUCCGUCCUCUCUGCUGCCCUCCGGUGGCUGAGCUCUUCCUACGGUCACAACAGAGAACAGAACACGGCACCACUCACACAGGAGGACAACAUACUGAAUAGACUAGCAGUACUACUGACUUUUCCAGAAGACAUCACAGCAGCUGAAUGGAACAGCUUUGUCAAGGCUGGACUGAAGUAUCGCUACAGAGACCCUAACUUCCUGACCACACUAAACAGGAUGUUGGAUCUGAUGUAUGGAGGUAGUGAAGGACCUAAAGAGCUGCUGCCUCUACCUACCAUCCACAUGAUGGCCUCCAGCCACUCCCUGUUCCUACCCAUCAUGCUGGGAGACGAGAAGGACCUUAGUGGGAACAAACAGGUUAAAGAGGCCCUGGUCUCUCUCCUGCUCAGCCUAGUGAAGAGAAGUCCUGCUGUCUGUAACAGCAGCCACUUUGUAGUUCUACUGGGAGGCUACGGAGCUACUCUCAGUACGACAGAUCAGAAACUGUUACUGCUGCUGCAGGAGUAUGAACAAAACGGCAUCAGUCUGGUAGACUUUCAGUGCAUGCUUUGGGGCCCAGCAGCGGUGGAGCACCAUAAGGCCCGGAGAAGCCUGGGCGUUUCCUUGUGGCAGCAACCCAGCUCUGAGGACCUCUUGGCUCUGCUCAGCCCUGACACCAUGAUCAACACCAUUACUCACUUCCCCCUGCAACGCAGGAUCAUCCUACAGGAGGGUAAAGAGCUGAUUUUCAAAGAUGAGGAAGUGAAGGAUCUUGGGAGUGUGUACGACCCUUGUUUCCUCCUGCCUCUCUUCAGCGCCAUGCUUCAGCCAGAGUCUGUGAUAGACUGUCUGAAGUUUGUGUCGAGUCACGGCCUUGGUGUGACGAUGGUGUCCCUGAGCAGUUAUGACCCCAAGCUGAGGGCAGCGGCCUACCAGGUCCUGGCUUCAUACCACCAUCAUCUGGAGGCUGCUCGCUUCAGAGAGAAGAGACAGCUGCUGUACCUGCUGGACAUGGUAAAGAAUGGGAUCAGACAGCAGAACCUCAGGAUGCCCUUCUUACUGACCACGUACAUCACUAAGGUGGCCCUGCAGAUGCUGAAACCAGAGGACCACAUGUACGUGGUGGUGAACAGGUUCCUGCUGUCCCAUCAGUGCCUGGACUUCAGACGGGUUCCGGAGUUCUUCAAACUGUUCUACAGCUGUGACAUGGAGCACAAGGUGGAGAGGGAGUGGAUUCUGUCUGUCCUAGAGGAGGGACUGACAGACAGACAGUGUUAUGAUCUGUUAGACCAACAGGGGAUCUUCCAGACGCUGCUAGGAUUCUGCUGCAGCCCACUCUGUGAUCAACACACUCGGACUCUGAUAGUGAGAGUCCUGCACCAGGCUGGUCACGUGACCAAAGCAGCCUACAAUCUGACCAAGGGCCACGGGCUCCUCACCUGGGUUCUACAGCUGCUGGAGAGGAGACAUGUAGACCAGGGUCUGCUGGGUGCUGUGGUGGAGCUGCUCCAUGUGCUGUGGUUCACCAACCUGGGCCAGAAGGAGGACAAACCCCAGGGACCCGGCACUCCAAAGGUUCUCCCUCUACCCCUCAUCAGCCAGUUCCUGUGUGUAGCCACCACCAUCAUCAGACAUCUGAGGCUGGUGAAGGCAGGUCAGCUGAGCCUGUAUCUCCAGACUCUGAGCUCCAUCCUGCAACAUCGUGGAACAGCUCUGGGGGUCCACGGGGAGGCUGGCUGGCUGACCUUACGACCCCAGGCUCUUUCCUCCCAAGAAGCACUCGCCCUCCUCCACCGCUGGAGCACGCUGACCCACAAUGCACCUCUCCUCAGCCAGCUGCAGACUGUGGCGGAGAAACACAAAGUCAAGGAGCUGCUGGGGUCGGGCAGGGAGAAAGGCCGUGGAAGAAGCUCCUCUGUCCAGGCCCAGGCCCGUUCUAACUCCCGACCAAAUGAACAGGGAGAGGAAGGAGAGGUAGAGAGACGAGAGGAGGAGAAGACUCUGCUGGAGAAGUGUACUCCUCACCUCAGGAAUAUCUUUACCCACUGGGUGCCUGUCUCUCUUGGCUGUCCCUCCCUGACCCCAUACUCCCACCUCUACCCCCUGGCCAACACCACAGCCCAUCUUCUCACCAGGUGGUUCCUGAACUCCUUGGUAGAGGGAGCCUCCACCUACGAGGACAAAAGGACAGUCCACUUCCUUCGCUGGUUCCAGAAGACUGUCCUUCCUCACAGAGUCAUAGUGGACAUGGUGCUGGCUGACCCUGCUGUGAGACUGGACCUGCUCUGUCUCUAUCACCAGGCCUGUGAGCCCCAGACCCAGCCCCAGGCCCAGAUCUCUUCCAUGGUAGAGCACGUCCAGCUGUUCACCAACAUUAUGACCCAACUCCUGGAGGCCAGAGGCUGCGCUGACAGUGACCUGCACAGGGCCGUGCUCACAGCAUGCUCCCUAGGAAGAACAUGUGAUGACCAGACCACGAAGGAAGGUCUGAUGUUGCUGUCUCUGUACAUCCAUGAGAUGUGGAGCGGAGCGAAGAGCCCAGAGCUGUUCCUGAACCACGUCCGAGUGGUGAACGAGAUCCAGGGUUCUAUAGGGACCAAGGACCAGAAGAAAAGUCCAAACGACAUUCCCAGACACACACAGCCCUCAGAACCAUCUGUAGUGACCUCCUCUCAGGACUGCAGUCUACUGUUGCACCAUAGGGGUUAAAUAGCUGUGGCCCACAUUACACCCUAUUGAGUACACUAUUUCUUAACCAGGGCCCAUCGUGGUCUCUGGUCAAAAAGUAGUGAACUACACUGAGUGUACAAAACAUUAAGAACAUCUGCUCUUUCCUGACCAGGUGAAAGCUAUGAUCCCUUAUUGGAUGUCACCUGUUAAAUCCACUUCAAAUCAGUGUAGAUGAAGGGGAGGAGACAGAUUGAAGAAGCAUUGUGUUUGUGUGCCAAUCAGGGAGUGAAUAGGAACAACAAAAUAUUUAAGUUCCUUUGAACGGGGUAUGGUAGUAACUUGCCAGGCGCACCGGUUUGUUUCAAGAACUGCAACGCUGCUGGGUUUUUCCAUGCUCAACAGUGUCCAGUGUGUAUCAAGAAUGGUCCACCACCUAAAGGACAUCCAGCCAAUUUGACACAACUGUGGGGAAGCAUUAGAGUCAACAUGGGCCAGCAU